AUGAGGAAUAAAUUCAAAUGGUGCAUAAGCACUUGCAAGAAAAUUUGUCUAACAAUCAAAUCAGCAGUUAAAUGUUUUGUUGAGAGCAAAGGAUAUGGGAACUGGUUUAAUGUACUGUAUCCCCUUGUUAAGACAAUGGACUCUUGUAAACCAGAAAAUGCCAUAGAACCUUCUGCUAAAGUUGUGCCUGCUAAGCGACCAAAAACUGAUGUUAUCCCCAGGUCUCUUCAAUUAUUGCAAAAUAUAAUUAAGAAUGAUUCAACUAAAGAAUUGCUGCAAAUUCUCAAAGACGACAUGCAGCAUUCAAGAGAGCAAGAAAUGAAGCAGUUCGACUUGUUGUGUGGUUUGAUACUCGAACCAAUGCCAGCAGGUGCCAUUCACUGGUAA